CGAUAAUAUUCGAAUGUAUUAGAGCAAUAUCACGAUUACAUCCACAAACACUAUCUACUCUCAUUCAUAAAUCUCCAAACCUUAACCCAUUAAAUGUAAUAACCCGAUUUUUAAAAUCAAAUAAUCACAAUCUCAAAUAUUUGGGAUUGACAUGCUUGUCUGAGAUCGAUCCCGUGUGGUGGAUCGAAGGCGAAUGGUGGGGUGAAGAACAAAUGAGCAUAAUUGUGGAUUGUUUAGAAGAGAGAGAUGAUACUUUGAAGAGAAAGACAUUAGAUUUGCUUUACGCAAUGGUUAAUUCACAAAACGUUGUGGUUGUUAUGGAGCAUAUGAUCAAUGCCUUACGUACUAUUUCAACAAUUGAUGAAUUUUCACGCCUACUUUUGGUGAAUAGAAUUGUCGAGAUAUCUGGAAAAUAUCCUCUUAAUUUGCAAAUCAAAAUC